AUGCUUUUCGGUAUGGAUAUCGGCAUCAUCGGCGGAGUGUUACAAAUGGCUUCUUUCAAAAGCGCUUUCGGAACGGACAAACUCAACCCAUCGGACUUAGCAAAUACCAAUGCGAAUAUUGUAUCUUGUUUACAAGGAGGCUGCUUCUUUGGAUCCUUGAUUGCGCCAUGGUUUGCAGAUCGAUUUGGAAGAAAGCCUGCGCUUCUCAUCUUCAGCGCGGUUUGCACUGUGGGCGUUAUCAUUCAGACUGCUUCGUCGGGCCACAUUGCCGCUAUUGAUGUUGGAAGAUUUGUCGCCGGGUUGGGGGUCGGGGCUGCAACAAUGAUUAAUCCUCUCUACGUUUCGGAAAACGCACCCCGUGCUAUUCGUGGGCUCUUAACUGGCUUGUAUCAACUCUUCGAAACAGCAGGAAUCAUGUUGGCAUUUUGGAUUAACUAUGGUUCCCUUCGUCACGUUGGAGGGCAUGGGGCAUGGCAAGUCUCGCUUUCAAUGCAGUGCAUGCCUGCUGUCUUAUUGUUCUUCGGGAUGUUACUCUGUGAUGGUAUGAAACGUAUCAAAUACUACUCCGAAAAUGAUUUCGCGCUGACCACCGUGUUAGAAUCUCCUCGUUUUCUAGCAACUCAGGAUCGAUGGGAAGAAGCAACAGGUAUCCUAACCAAAGUUCGUAUGCUACCAGAGUCGGAUUCAUAUAUUCAGGCGGAGUUAGCGGAAAUCCAUGCGCAGCUCGAUUUUGAAAGAGGGAUUAUUGCGGGGGCAAGCUAUUGGGCAAGGGUGAAAGAGAUGUUUUCGGAGACGAGUAAUAGAAGAAGAGCGCUGUUGAGUAUCGCACUUAUGGUUUGGCAGCAGCUUACAGGAACAAAUGCUAUCAAUUUCUAUGCACCUCAGAUUUUCAAUAACCUCGGAAUUACUGGUACACAGAAUGGCCUUUUCGCAACUGGUAUCUAUGGUAUCGUCAAAAUGGUAUCCUGCUUCUGCUUCCUACUAGUGGCAGUCGACUCCCUUGGAAGACGACGAAGUUUGAUUUGGACAUCUAUUGGCAUGGGUAUUUGCAUGUUUUAUAUUGGUGGAUAUAUUCGCGCCGACCCACCCAAGCCCGGCCAAGCCGUUCCUCCCGCGGGAUAUGUUGCACUCGUCUGCAUCUUUAUAUUCGCGGCUCUUUUUCAAUUUGGCUGGGGGCCUGUUUGUUGGAUUUAUGUUUCCGAAAUUCCUACGACUAGAUUGCGAGGUAUCAACGUAUCUUUCGCUGCCGCCACUCAGUGGCUUUUCAACUUCGCAGUUUCACGAGCAACUCCUCCAAUGUUGGUUCAUGUUGGACGAUCCGGCUUCGGUACUUAUUUCAUAUUCGGCUCAUUCAACUUCGCGAUGUGUGUCUUCGUCUGGUUCCUAGUUCCAGAGACGAAAGGAAUUUCACUCGAAAGAAUGGACGAACUCUUUGGAGCGGACAAACAUGUUUCGGAAGGACUUGAUCUUACGACUGCGGCUAGGGAUCGUCAAGCUGUGUCGGAGAAGCAAGAAUUGGCCGACAUCGAACAUAUUGAAAACGUUUAA